UAGGACCCUCAUUUGUUUGUUUGUUCAUUCAUUCAUUCAUUCAUUCCUUCAUUCACCUGCUCCUUGCUGAGCACUCUGCCAGUCACAGUACUUCACUAGCUCUUGCUCAGGAUGAACUAGGGAUGUCAUGGACAGGACAUUUCCUGGCUUCCUUUGUAUCCUGUCUCUUCAUGGUGACUGGUAUAUAAUGAGUGCUCUGCUCUGACAGAAAUGAGGAUUGACCUCAUGUUUUCAAAGUUGAUCUGAUACCAGAGAGCAGUGGUUCUUGUUUUUAAAGCAUAUGUGUGCUAGGCUUGUCUUAAAGUGCCAAGGAUGAGAACUGAGUAUAGUUAUAUAGAUCUGAUGUGAUUUUGGAUUAAUUUGGAUUUUAGCCUGUGAUUUUUCUAGUGUUUGCCUUAGUAUAUGCUUUAAAACAGUAACUAAAACCCUGAAAUGUGCUUUGACUUUUUCCCAACCUUUGGAUAAAUUAAUGCUUUCACAAAAGCCAGGAACCUAAAGGUCUCAGAACUACCCAAACACAUCCUAGAAUUUAUAAGCAAGACAAAGAGAAGCAUCAGAGACAACAGCGUGCACCUCACCUCCACAUUCAGAUUGUCUAAGAAAUGCUUGUGAUUGCACAGGGACUUCUGCCUUCGAAUCGUCAAGAAUAAUGAUCAUAACAUUGUUCAGUAAUUUAGUAAUGACACACAGCAAGUAUAGAUGCCAUGUACUGUGCCAUAUACUGUAUAAGAAUGCACAAUGUUUGCCUGGAGUAGAGUGCUAAUGAAAGUGGUAUUUCCAUCUCCAAGGGGCAGUUAAAGUUUUUAUGGGGUUAAGAACUGGGAAUAGAAUCGUAGUGUCUAGGAUCUGAGUUGUAAACAUCUUGAGCUUUUUUUUUUAUGGUCUUCUCAGAAAUAGGAUGCGUUGUGAAGGUUAUUCAGCCUUCUAGCUUUUGGAAGAAAUUGAGAAAUAUAUUUGAAAAGCAAAAUUAAAUAUUUUUCUAAAUAACCAUAUUGAAUAUUUUAAAUUUUAAAAUAUUUGGUGUGUUUGUAUAUAGAAUAUAUGCAUAUUUUACCUGAAAUGUGAAGAGGCUAGAGUAGAUCAUUUCUACCACACCUUUAAUGGGUACCCCCCCUUGAUGAUGAUGUGGCAGUUUUAUGAAGGCACCAUGAACAGGUCUUGUUGAUAGGAAAACAGUUUGGGAGGUGUCAGCAGGUGACCGCUGAAAGAAUGCAUGCAACACAGGUGGAAAGCCGGUGGGGUAUGUAGGUGGCUCAGGUGGUUAAGUGUCUGACUCUUGAUUUUGGCUCAGAUCAUAUCUCACUGUUUCUUGGGUUCGAGGCCUAUGUCAGGCUUUGCACUGACAAUGUGGAGCUUGCUUGGGAUUCUCUCUUUCCCACUCUCUGUACCCCUCCCCAACUCAGGCUCGCUUGCUCUCUCUGCCCCCCCCCCUCAAAAUAAUAAACUUCUAAAAAAUCACUAAAAAAAAAAAAGAAGUGGAAAGCUGUUUCUGGAACCCAAGUGCCAGGACUCUACUUUCCUGGUAUCUGGCUCUCUCAGGGAACAGAGAGGCCCAGGAGGACAUGAGAGUCAGGCCAAGUUCAUAGGAGUGGACUGACAGCAUCUUCAUAAUUCUGCCUUUAAGAAGAGUCUGCUCAUGGCACUUGAGUUUUCCCAGAAAGCAAAAUUACAAUUCUUUCUUAACAUAUAUCCAGAAGUCCUCAGGGACUGCUGAAGUUUUUAUGAGGCAUGCCAAAUAUCCUAGAAAUUGUAUUCCAACACCAGAGACUCUUACCAUAAGCUAGUUGGCUUCACCAUUAUUGUGAGCCCUGACAACACAGUCCACCUCUCCUGCUUUUUUCUAAGAGGUAUGGGUGGAUCAGUAACAGCCUAUUAGUACAGUGGGGAAGAUAGCAGCAAACACCUGCCCUGUGGUGCUGGGCCUUGCCUUUAGCCCAGGAGGGCAGCAUCAUGAUUUUACACAGAUGUGCAUACAAAUCCAUGCAUGUUGAGUACCAUUGUUUAAAAUCAUUGUUGAGUAGCAAUUGCUUGGGCUCUAAACGGGAGACCUAGGUUCUACUCUCAUUUCCUUUGUGUGGUGUGCACAAGUUAUAUAUUCUUCAAGCCCCUGUUUGCUCAUUUAAUCUGAAUGAGGAGUUUGAAUUUGACCAAAGUUUCAGAAGAAACUUUGAUGUGCAGAUGAAUCACCUAGGGAUAUGGUUCAAAUGCAGACUCUGGUUCAGUAAAGUCCAAGGCAGGAUCCAAGAUGCUGUACUUGUAACCAGCUCCCAGGUGAUGCUGAUGCUGCUGUUCCUUGGAUGAAUUUGGGGGUAAGGGUUUAGAUAUGUCUUCUUAUUCUGUCCGCCUUCUACCCUAUGAUACAGGUAUUCUUGGCCUCACUUUACAGAUGAGGAAACAGGGGCUUAGCUCAAGCUGACAUGGUCAGAUGGCAGGACUGGAUCCCAAACUUGGGUCUAACUGGUCCCAGAAGUUAGCCACCAUGAAAACUUUAUAUUGCCUUCCUUAUUUUUUUUUCCUGGGGCUUGAAAGAGUAACUGCAAUUUUCAAAGGUAUGUAACCUACUUGGUAGGGAGUAGCUUAGCCAUUAUGAAAAUCUAUAUCACCAUAAACACAAAAUAAUAUAUAAUUCUUUUUUUCAUUAGAAGAAAAAAUAUUAUGGUGGCAUAGAUAAACUCCAAAGUCUUUUAAUAUAGGGAGUAUUGUUGCAUAUUAGGAAGCUAUUUUAAGGCUAUUUAAUUUAGACUAACUUAUUUAAUAAGCUUUUAAUCCACCUUGUCAGCUUGCUAACUCUAUUAUCAUGUUGCAUAUUUUUAUAUUUGCUGACAUUUCUACCAGAUGAUGCGGGUAUCAAGCACUGUGGUUGGAACAUAUGCAGAGCAUUCAUAUUUCUACAUAAAAACCUAAGUGUUGCAAUUUUUAAGCACUAAGAAUACAUUAGUAAAUUAUUCCAUGCUAUAGGCUAAUGUCCACAAAUAUCAAACUAUUACUAUGUUUUGAGUCUACAGGAGUCAGCGUUAUUUUAAAAUCCUCAUUCAUGACUUUAAAUGUAGCAAACUUACUUAAAAUGAACUGUUUUGUUUUCUAAAGGCCAAAUUCCAGGGCUUAAUUUUUAUGUGGAAAACUUCACCUCAGAGCAGAAUUUUACAGCAUAGUCAUAAACCUCAAAGAAUAGGAAUUUGUAAUGGACAGAACCAUUGAUUCUUAACAGGAGUCACAUUAACAGAUAUACAAGACACAUAAAAUGGUUCCAAGAGCCUCUGGCAACAUUGAGAUACAGAAUCUUUAACAUGGAUUUGCAAGUUAGUGCCUUAAAGGAAUCAAGCAGUCAGGCUUUAAAAAUCCAAGUAUUGAUCUGCUUGACAUACUUUGGUUAGUUCAGGGGACUUUAGUUUGGAUAAUUCUAGGUUCACUGCCCAUUAAGCAGAAUGAUGGAUAGAGUGGGUAGGAGCUUCUGAGUCAAGCUUCCCAGGGUUCUGACCUGCAGCUUGCCUCUUAGCAGCCAUUUGACCUUGGACAAAGUAUUCACCCUCUCUGAACCUCAGCUUCUUCCCCUAUAAAGUGGGAAUAAGAAAACAUGACAUGAAUGUAAAAGAUACACGGUGCCUGAAAGUGCCCAGAACAUAACAGUAGAUCUUUAGAAAUGUUUAUAAAUGCUAAUUUUCUGCUAUAUAAUCAUUAUAAAAUAUUCCUAACUCUCCAAAUGAUAUUUAUCUGUGAAAAUUUCUGUUGUGAGUGGGAUACCCUUUGAGGGUGGGAAUAUGGUGACGAGAGACAGCAGGGUAUGACCAAGAAGCCCAUGGUGAUUAAAUGCAAGGAUUGGACCAGACAAGAUGCUAACCCAGGUUAUAUGUGAUAGAGAAAGAUUCUGGUAUAGCAGAGCACCCCUUUACCACCUAGAGAUAUUUUGUGAGGCUAAUGACCCCCUAGUAGCCCCUGAGCUAAAACCCCUGCCCUGUGCUGCCUCUUUUGGCCAUUGAGGUCGCAGAUGCUCCUAGUCGCUUCAGCUUGUCACAUUCAGACCUGGCUGGAAGCCAGUCCUUAGAGCUUGGUUGUUCAAUUUCUUAAAUAAGUAACUACCUACAUACACAUAGCACCUAAGACAAGUUCAACCCUACAGUAAAUGCUUGUCUGUCAGAUUGCAUUGAAGGUCCAGUAUAUUUCCUCCUAGGGUCUUGUAAUCACUUAGUAAAUAUUUGUCAGAUGAAUUAAUGAAAUGAAGAUCUUUAUAGAGGAAACCUGAAGAUGUUGAUAGAGUGGGCUUAUGGAGACAACAGCUCUUCAAGUCCUUGUUGCUAUCAACAGACCCUGUGAAAAUGUCUAUCUUAGGCAACCCUUCCAAGGUCUCUGCUGUACUCAGGGAAACCACAUACAGCUUUGGGACAUUUUUUUUUAACUGCUAGUAAAAGCAGUUAGCCCAUCAGAGUACUCAUUUUAGAGAUCCAUAUUUAAAGACCAGGAGGGAAGAAAGAAUUCUUGAAUGCAAAUGGCUUUUACACUUUCCUACUUACGUGUUUUUAUUCAGCAGACUAGUCUCUUCCCACACCCUUCUGCUGUGUGUACUGCCAUUUUCUCUGAAUUAAGGGAAGAGAAAUAUUGGCACUCAUCAGUUAAAAGGCCCCAGCACAGCGAUCCACAUCCCAUCAGCUAGAAUUAGGUGUUUAUCAGGACAUAAACCCCUGGCUUCUGGGAACCCCUGGUCUGACCUCUGUGUUUUCUUCCUGAAGCACCCUCCCAGGCCAGUGCUUAAAAGAAAAUAGAACAAAAUCAAGACCACCACCUGGUGAUUUAGCCUUGACAACCCUGUAGUGCAUGCUGACGGGUGGUGACACGCUGGUGUUAAUCAGGCAGCAUGGCCAGCACACGUCAAACACAGCCCAGAGCGACUCUGGUAAACACCCACCUCAGCCAGCAGUGUGCCUGCUGUGCGCUUUGGGCAUUGUUUUGAAAACAAACUCAUCCAUAAAGUCAAAAGCUUUUAAAGUGAUUUUUAAAUAGAUUAAACAUUGGGAACAAUUGAACAGAAUGAACAAGGAGCUUAAUUAAGAUUGACUCCCGUGGCUCAAAUGCCCAGUGAUAAGGAAGCCAGCCAAACAAAGUAAGUGUGUUAAGGCUGAGUGGAAUACAAUACAGCCAUUAAAGGUGAAAAAUAUGCUGGGUUCUGGGUUGUUUUUUUUUUUUUUUUUGAUACAUGAAAUACACAUCUCAAAUAAUGUUAAACCCCAAAGUGGACUAUUCACAGUCAUUUCAAAAUGCAGGUAUAUCCAUUAACAAACGACAGAGCCAACUUUUUUAACAUUGACUAAUAUUUUCAUAAUAUUAACUAACUCCUUGAUUUUCAAAAACAGACUUGCAUGACAGUCAUAUGCAAUCUUAUGAAUAUUCCCUUUUAAGGACUUGAUUUCGAGUGAUCUUGUCACUGGUACCAAACUGACUAGAAAGUGCCAUCCCCAGAUGGCAAGGACCUGAGGUUGUAGUGACAAGGGAAUGUCAAAGACCAGCAGAGCCAGUCUGAAGCCAUAGUGUCUGAAGCUUGAUGCUUUCUGAUGCUGACUCUUCUCUGAGGAGGGUCCCCUGCCCUGGUGACCACACCCCAGCCCAGUUUCCUGAGCUUCACCCUCUUCAUUCACCCAGCCAUGUGACUCUGAAAAGAAAUUAGGGAAAAGCAGAACAAGAAAGGAGAGUUAUGUUUUAAAUUUGGAAAUUGCUCGAGAAAAAUCAGGCUGUCUUGAUUGGCACAUGCAAAUGUACGCAACUGUUAAUUUUCCUGCUGAAAUUCCCAUUUCUUUUAUCCACAUGAAAUCUCUGAAAAAUCUUCUUGAUGGUUCUUUUGUUCCUUUCCUGCCUCCACCACCAGUAAUUAAAACAUGAAAUAGUGGUGUCUUCUGGCCAACCUGAGGACGUGGUGGUGACAUCAAGCCCAGAACACUGCUGUUAGCCCCAGGUGACAUGCUGGGGCCGACAGCAGGGACAGGCUGCUGACGUAACUGUCUUCGUUUCUAAUGCUGGUAGUAACCAACAGCGUUUAGUUUUGCUUUGACAACUCCUCCUACAGCCAAAACUAUUGUUAUGGCCCACAUGUCAUUGCUAUUUAUCCUAAAUAAGGAAAAACAAAGGCUAUUCUGGGCGCAGAGCAGUGCUUGUGGCUGGGGUUAUUUGCAGUAUUACUAUGGCACUCUGCCCUUUUCACUGUGGCCACACUGAUUUUUUAUGAAAAGUGCUAGAGCAGACACACAGCCUUCCCUUAAGUCUCUUCACACAGCCCCAGGGCAUCAGAAUGCACCGGAGAUGUCUUAACGCACAUAUGAAAAACCGUGUAGACCUCAAGGGAGACAGAGACCGUGCUUGCACAAAAUGAACCAGGAAAAAGCUCCCUCCUGAGAGAUGUCUCUGCUUUACCAUUUGGACUCUUUAAUUUCUGAACGUUGUAAACUCAAACUGCCUAGUAGUUAAGAAUGAGAGUCCUGACUUUACAGCAUUCUCUGUGGUAUAUUUUUGCUACCAUGCAUUGAGAAAUAGAGGGGAGAGAAGUGAAGGGCUGACAGGGAAGCGAGAGUGGGAGGGGGAGACACUGAGUGUUUCCUGCUGUGGUUAUGACUUUGCCAGUUGCUAGUGCACAGCUUAGCUGCAAGAGCCAUGCGGACUGCUCCCAUCAGUUAGAGAGAGACUCUGGGGAGAGGGGGACCCCAAGGAUGGCCUGCAGCCUAGCUCCUGGCAUGAGGGACGCUGUGGGCACUUCAAGCCAGGACGUGCUCUUAAAGCUGGAUCCAGAGCAGAGAAGCGUGAGUGGCUAAGAGUCCGUGCCUGUUUGCACGCGCUGCCUCGCGGAACUGGAGUUUGCCCAGAUCAUCAUCAUCGUCGUGGUGGUCACGGUGAUGGUUGUGGUCAUUGUCUGCCUACUGAAUCACUACAAAGUCUCCACACGGUCCUUCAUCAACCGCCCACAUCCAAGCAGGAGGCAGGAGGACGGGCCACAACCGGAAGGGCGCCUGUGGCCUUCAGACAGCUCCGGGCCUCGGCCAGGGGCCUCAGAGAUCAUGUAUGCCCCGCGGUCCAGGGACAGGUUUACUGCCCCAUCCUUCAUCCAGAGGGACCGGUUCAGCCGCUUCCAGCCCACCUACCCCUACGUGCAGCAUGAGAUCGACCUUCCUCCCACCAUCUCCCUAUCCGAUGGGGAGGAGCCGCCUCCUUACCAGGGGCCCUGCGCCCUGCAGCUCAGGGACCCUGAACAGCAGAGGGAACUCAACCGAGAAUCUGUGAGGGCCCCACCCAACCGAACCAUAUUCGACAGCGAUUUGAUAGACAUUUCUGUGUACAGUGGGGGCCCGUGUCCGCCGAGUAGCAACUCGGGCAUAAGUGCCAGCACCUGCAGCAGUAACGGGAGGAUGGAGGGGCCGCCCCCGACCUACAGUGAGGUGAUGGGCCACUACCCUGGCGCCUCUUUCUUCCAUCACCAGCACAGCAGCGCACACAGGGGGAGCAGACUGCCGUUUCAGCAGGACAGCUCAGGGGGCACGGUGCUGCCCAUCCAGGGCAAGGACAGGAAGCCUGGGAACCUCGUCUGACCCUCUGACGUGCACUGGAGGAGGCAGAAGCCAAGGAGGGAUGAGGGCCUCAUUGCCUCCGCUCCCAGGCACAGUGUUGUUCCGUUUCACGUGCUACAACGAAGUAAAACCAAAUGUGCAAACAUGGUCUUUGUUUCUGAUUCCUUUCAGGGGAAUUGCAUGCAGACUAGACUGAAAUAAUACAAACUUCCAUCCGGUCUGACCGCAAACAGUGUUUAUUUGGGGACAGGCAUCAGGACGGGGGCUGGUUUUGGCAAAGGGCGGGCAUGGGAACACAGAGAAAGGGAUGCUUUGAAGAUAUCAUGAAAUAAAACCCACAGAGGUAUUUGAUUUAUUUAAUUAUGAAAGGAGACUUUGCAGAGAAAGAGGCCAGAAUGGCCUGGUUUAUAAUCAAUUGAUAAAGAAGGAUGCAUUAUUAUAUAUUAUCACGGGGAAGUAUUGGCCAGUUUGCUUUUUCUCCCAAGGUGUGGAACUUUUAUUUUGUUUUAAAAAUAUGAUUCAGAAUUCCCGUUUUGUGUGCCAAGGUAUAACAUGAAGAAGUUAGAUGAGCGCAAGGAGCUAAUUUGUGUUGUGAUGAUGUGUUUUUGAAAGUUGCACUAUCUAAAUGUUUAUAUACGAGGGAACUGUUCUGUGUGGAGUUCUGUAUGUUGUCUUCUCGCCUGUGGAUUCUUAUUAGGCCCAAGGAGCACCUGGAGUGUUCCCCAUACUCACGUGAGAAAAGAUGUUUGGGGUUGUAGCCUAACACAUGCCAGCUUACAGAAACCAAGGCAGUGUGACAAGAGUCUGCAUCAUGUAGCAGUGCGUCACCGAAGUGUUUGGAGACUUUUGGAUGGAAGAGAGGAAAUACUAAAUCCCAGCAUUUCUGAUGUGUUGUGUUACUCUGCUAGUCUUAGGCUGCAUAUUUUAUUACAUUUGAACCUGACACUUGCAUUUAUGUACCCAGUAUCAUGCAGUGCUGCCCCUGUCCUCCAGCAGUGCAGUUUCUUCAGUAAUUUAGAGGGUUUUUUUCACUGUAGCAUGAAAUAUACUCAGACACAUACAUUAUUUUAUGCAAUAAAUUGUUUAAAGUGCAAGGUGGUUAUUCUUAAUACUGUUGAAAUACGUGACUUCUCAGUGUAUUCCCGUUGUCUCUCUCCUUUUCUAGAUAGCAGAUAGUUCAGUUCAAGCCCAGACAGCUGGUCAGUGCUCGAGAGGCAGUGGUCCCCACGUGGCCUGCCCGGCCUCGGUGUGCCAGGGAUGCCACCAGUGGCUUCUCCGUGUGCAAGAAGCCCCUGGAGAGUGAAUGAGAGAACACCAUGGUGCAGAGCACAAUAACAAGCCGUUGCAUGUCACUCUCGAAGGAGUGCGGUGUUCAGGACCCACCGCAGCUCCCAGGGGAGUUUCCUUUCCCUGGGCGGUGGUGGCCAGAACUGGACAGUUACCAGAUAGUACAGGGCGGGGUCGGGGGGAGGCAUGACCAUAAGAGCACAGGAUAAAAAGCACAACAUGCAGUUAAAAUGCAACUAGAAAGCUAAUUUUAAAUAUUGUUAGUCUUAGCUUUAAAAUCCUUGAUAUUUACAAACAUUCGCUCUCAUGUGGAAUGGAUAACUUCCUUCUGUGGAAGCUGCCAUCUGGCCUGUCUGUCAGCCAUAGCCUGAGGGUUAGGCCGCGCCACGCCCCAGGAGGGCUUGUCCACCGCUGCCAACCCUGGGCUGGCCAGGCCCCUUUGGCCUAUGCAUGUAAAACAAUGAAUGGACUGGAAUGAUGGCUUGGUGACUCUGAUCUCCGCAGUUUUAAUGCUGCGUCGGCACACGUGUGUUCGUGUCUGUUUGUGGGUCUCCAAGGUGGUUUCUCAGGGAGGUGACUUUGUGCUGUGGGCUGGGGGCUGGAGAAUGUUCUGAACUAAAAGUCCUGUCGGCUGCUUCUUUCUGUUGCUUCUCUUGGUCAGUAAGUGGCUGGUUUUUGUUUUGUUUUCAGGAUUGGAAUCUCUAUUAGAUUCCUCCAUUUCCCACAGUUAAGAUCCACAGAACUAGUCAAACUCUUAAAAGAAGAGUGAGAGAAAAUGUGAGCAGCAGUUGCAACUCAGGCAUCAGACCUUAUUUGAAAGUGUGUGUGCCAGGCGUUGCUGCAGGGAUUCUGAGAUCGGGCAGAUCGCUGGGAGCCUGGACUUGGACGUGGAGGCUGCCUCUCCCAUGCUGUAGGUGCUCCCGCAGUUCAGCUCACUGCCUGGGUCACAGGCCUGCACUUAAGGCAGCUGGGCAUCCCCUUGGCAUGAAGCCUUGACUCACCCUGUAGAGGGAUGGCAGCACCUAUGGGGGCUCAGGGUAAAUUAUGGAUCAGGUGUCCUGUCAGAUGCAAGAGGAGGUUGGUUACCAUUCUAAGCCUCACCUGCAAUUUUGAUAAAGGGUGAACCCCCCACCCCUAUAGCUCUAGCUCAAAAUGGUUUCACAAUCCUUAUUGUUCUACCUGCUACAAGAAAUGAGCUAUGGUCAGAAACCGGUAAAUUCCUUAGUCACUUUGCAAGUAUAUGAAUGUUUUGCAGAUGUCCACAGUAUUGGCGAAGCAAUUAUUUAAUUCAAAUAACUUUAAUCAUCUUUCAGAAGAGGUUCUUCCCAUUCUUCCACCCUGGAGAAUUGCCCUUUGAGUUAAAUAGUUAUUUAAAGACACAGCCCUAUCAAACCAUGACUUAAUGGUCCUUGAGGCUGGACCUCUGUAAUGAAUUAAUUUAAAAGCCAAGGUCGUGAAUUGAAUUAAUAGUCAAUUUCCUUUGCCACGGGGAGAAGGUGAUCCAUAACUUCUUGGAAAGUGACCGCCCUGUUUACACAGCAUUGCCACUCACUGGCUCUGUGCAGGUCAAGGGGUGCCGUGCGGAGGCAGCUUGUACGGGGGUGAAUGUUCAAGAAGAUCACAUGCUUGGGGGACACAAGGGUCUGGCUUGGGAACCAGAUUUAGGCAAUCUGUGGUAGGUUUAUUAUUUCAGUAGGGUGUUAAAAAUAAAGAAUUGUAUCGUUCAAAGGAGCAGUGGGUGGGAAGGGGUCCUCCCGGGCAUCCUGCUGUGACGUUCCCAUCCAUUGUCUUGGGACUUCCAGGAGCAUGAAACCCAAGCCAUGUUGAAUCCCAUUUCUAGGAACACAGUUUUCAGGAGUAUAUUUGCUUUUGCAGAAAGUCUACUGUUCUUGAGUCACCAAAGCAGUCCUUAGUACAAGAGAUUUUGCUAAACAAAUUAUGUACUUAAGUAAAAGUUGCUCCAUUCUUUGUGUACCUGACGAAAAUUUAGUGUUAAAGGAGCUUGGCAAGCAUGCCCUCUGAUCUUCACCACCAUAUAUGCAUAUGGACACCCAGCCCACAAGAAAUUUCAAGAUAGCCAAAGAGCAUAGCUAAUGAAACUUUACGAAGACUUGUCAUGAGGACUACAUUUGUAUCCACUGAUUGUAGCUCAAACUCUUGGGAGAGCACAGGGGCAGAUGGCAGGCCUUCAGAAGCACCCACAUAGGAAUGUGGCACACAAAUGACGGUGUCCGUCUUGGGCUUCUGAAUAUCUUCAUUGAUCUUCUUUGCCUGUACUUUGUAAGAAUGGGACAGGCUCACAUGCAUGCGCUGCUAGAGAGCUGUUCUGACCUAGAAUCCGGUCAAAUGGCAGCCUUCCCCUUGGAAGCAGAGUUGUCCCUGGACAAGGCUCAGUCACCUUCCAUCCAGUUGCUUUUCUGCCUAAGGAUUGCCUGUAGGAGGUUCCUGGGGUCAGGGCCUUGGAGGCAGGGCCGGGGGCUGUUCCUCAGCACGCUCCAGCUGUGUUUGCUGGGCUGGGGCCCCUGCUUGAGGCUUGCCGCUUAGAGUGGCAACAUUAACUGCAUGUCGUUUGGUAUCCCUUUCAUUUUUCUUCAGAUUCCCAAAGCUCAGCAGUGUGCAAAGGAAAAAAAAAAAAACUGGGAAGGACACUUGGUUUUUGUUAACUUUUUGAUUUUGUCUGUGUGACUAAAGCAAGACAUAUGCCCAUGCUUGGCACCAGGCAACCCCCCCCCCCCCAAGCCCGCCUCCUCGCUCUGCCAGCGUCCCCAGUCAUCGCUGAAUGGCCGUGAUACAGGCUUCGUUCUGCUGACGUUCACCCAGAUCACCUUGGCCUUGGUGAACCUAAAUAAAAUGACACGACUGGGGGACGGGCUGGUGGGUGUCCCCUCCUUAGUGUGAGCAACACUGUAGGUACCAGUUGCCCAUCCAAGUCACAGAUGAAGAAAGUGCUUUCACCCCAGAUCACAAAAGUUAGUCUCAGCAGCUUUGCUGCUCCCCUGAUGCCAGCUGCCAGAGCCUGGCCAGAGGUCAGUGACGGACUGUGCGAAAUACCUGCCUCACCAUAGCCUACAGUUUUCAGGAACCAAGAUUUCAGCUGAGGUUAGUUUACUACCCAAAGUACUGCAUCUUUUGCAUAGUUUAAGUUUGUAAUUUACUGAAUUUACUGCCAGGGUUAGACAGUUGUUUGCUGCUGUUGCUGCUGCUGCUUCCCAGGCCGGCUGUGUCAGGAAGCUGGUGUGUGUGAGCCGAAUGCCUUGCCAAGAAAGCGCUGCCUUUCUUUCAUCCUCUUUCCUUCCUCUGCGUGUGCUUGUCUGUGUGCAGUGUGGUGGGGGUCCCGACGCACUACUCGCAUGUCAUGUCGCCCAUGGUGUUCCAAAGAGCUCUGCAUGCCAGUCGCUUUGAAGCCCCCACGGGGUCUUGUGCUGACAUCAGCAGACCCAGGAACUGAGCCCCCACUGCCGCACUCUGCUCCCACCUUUGUUGUGCCUCACUUACAAUGGUGCUUUUUCAGUUGUCUGUCUUCUGUUUUUAUUUGUAAGGUGCUGUAUAUAACUUGAAUAUAUUAUGCACAUAUCCUACCCAAUGGGUAGAACAAAAAAAUUGUUAAUACUGUAAUAUAAUGUAUAGAUACCGAUUUUAACAGAAAUGGCAUAGAAUUUGUGAAUGCCUAUGUGCUUUGUCCUCUUUUGUAAGGAAAUUUGCAAAUGGAUGCAUACAGAUAAAAGUCUAUGUAGUUUAUUUUCCUAUUAAAUAUCAAUAUUAUAACACAAGGGAAAGAAGUCUGAACAAGCAAGCCACUGUUUAUGACCAGCAUAUGUAUAGCAAUUGAGAGUUGCACCUUUGCUGUGAAAACCCUUAAAAAAAAAAUCCUACAGCUUUUUGGUUGCCAUUAGAUGCUUCUCAUUUUAAUCUCUUCAGUGAUGCUCAGUUGGACCAGUGUAACAGAAAAAUUUUUGCAACUUGUUUUAUGAAAAGAUACUAUGUUGUAGAAUAAGGAAGAUGUCAAACCCCAGAGAAAAGUGCACAUGUUGUUAAAAUUGCAAAACUAAUGUCCCGGUUAAGUAAAUCAGGCUGCAGAAGAGGACUUUGUUCAGUACAGAGGCCUUGUUGGCCAUCUGUGUCCCUAGUCUCUCUGUGCCUUUUUCUUUGACAAACCGAAGCUAUGGAGCCAAUGAACCAAUGGGUUUGUAGGGAAAAAGUAUCUCAGGAAAAACAAAAACACUUAGGAGAAGACCCCACUCUUAGAAAAACUUGUUUUCUUUUGGGUUAUCAUUAGCAGAGAAUUAGCUAUCAGCCAGCCAAGUGAAGAAUCUUCUAUCCAUUCCUGUUGGCGUCUUGUGGUGAUCUUGACAAACUAGGUUUUGCCAGCGGUUAGGGAUUAUGUUUUCAGUUGCAUGUUCUGUCACACCUCUUACGCAGCAUCUAUCCUUCCAGCUCAGUGUUAGCCUCUGUUAGGACCUCUGCAUUUAUUUUCAAAUAUCCUGAUACUAAAGAAAGAAAAAGAAAAACCUAGCACAUUUUUGCUAAAACCACUGAACCAUGGGUGUGCACAUCCUUUCUGGUGUUGUCCGUAAAGGCAGUCAGUGAAGUUUUGCCCGUCUGAUCCACAGUUCCACUCUAUUCUGUCAUCAGAAUAAUACAUUUCAUGUUUUUUAUUUGCUCUGUGGUGUAUGUUCUGAUUUUGAAAACACAAGAGAAUCAUGCCCUUAUCCUCCAGAAAGCAAAUUAUUACCGAUUAUCCUUAAACUGAAAACACCUCUACAAUGCAACUCUUGAUGCUGAAGGACUAAAGACCAGCCCUUCUCUCACUGUUCUGAAAGGGCAUGACAAGAUAGUUAACCUCGUGGGUGCUCUGUCCUGUCCAGCCCCCACCUUCUGCGCCCCUUGUGUGUCCUGCAGGGGCCCCUCGUGCUUCUGGUUCAGCAUCAGGAGACAAGGCUCACUGCUGUCAGGAGCAACACUUCCACCCUUCCAGGUUCCAUCUCUUGGGAGAACUGUUGAGCAUGAGUGUCAUCAGAGAAUGUUCUAGACUCAGAGGUACUAAAGUGUGUUACCGCACCAUUGCUUCCUUUCUACAGAACUGAGGCUUAAACUUUACUGUUAAUGAUACUGGUUUAUUUUAAUGUGCUUGUCAGUAUAUUGCUAUUUUUCAUUUCAUGGCUUUCAAAAAUCACAUUUUCUAAUUGUAUUUGUCUAGUUUAAAGCUAUUUUAAAACGUGUAAAACACUAUUCACAGCAUUUAGUUCAUUUAAUUUUUAUUAUAAAGCAGCCUACUAAAAAAGUACAAACUGUAUAUGAACUUUUCAGUAGUUCAUGUGAGCUCUGAUAAUCAGAAGUCAUUAAAGUGUUUAACAGCUAUUUGUGCUUACUUUUCAGAAUGAUUUCCAGUUAUACACAGAGAAAUAUUUCCAACUGUUGUGUAUCUGCCUCUUUUAACUGAGCAAUGGUGAUGUAGUUCUUAGACCUAAGGUCUGUAAUUGCAAUACUUUUAAAGAUGUUGCUCUAAGUGCUGUUAGUUAUGAAAUCAGCUUUUUCUGCUUGUUCUUAGUGCUGUGGUCAAACCAUAGCAUAAAAUCAUUAAAAAUAAUCAGUGAUAUA